UCACAUCAUCAGGUACAAAGGCAAGACUGUUAUGUUGGAUGCUGGUACUUCGCCCGCAUACGAAGGGAUCUCUUCCCUCCCCUUCUACGACGAAUAUGACUUGAGCACAGUUGACGUGCUACUCAUAAGCCACUUCCAUAUAGACCAUGCAGCUUCCCUCCCUUAUGUUCUUGCGAAGACGAACUUCAAAGGUCGGGUCUUCAUGACCCAUCCCACCAAAGCCAUCUACAAAUGGCUCAUACAAGACAGCGUUCGCGUUGGGAAUGUCUCGUCCUCCGCCGAGCAGAAGAUCCAACUCUAUACCGAAGCCGACCACCUCUCUACCUUCCCCCAGAUCGAAGCCAUCGAUUACUACACCACACACACUAUUUCCUCGAUUCGAAUAACCCCCUAUCCGGCCGGGCACGUUUUGGGCGCUGCAAUGUUUCUCAUCGAGAUUGCCGGCCUCAAGAUUCUAUUCACUGGCGACUACUCCCGGGAAGAGGACCGACAUCUCAUCUCCGCUAGAGCGCCAGAAAACGUCAAGGUCGACGUAUUAAUCACGGAGAGCACAUACGGUGUUGCCACCCACGUCCCGCGAGUGGAGAGGGAGAACAUGCUCAUGAAGACCAUCACCGGCAUCCUAAACCGAGGAGGACGAGCGCUCCUUCCGGUAUUUGCCUUGGGACGCGCCCAAGAACUGCUCCUCAUCCUCGAUGAGUAUUGGGGGAAGCAUCCAGAGUACCAAAAGGUCCCAAUAUACUAUGCCAGCAACCUCGCGAGGAAAUGCAUGGUCGUCUACCAAACGUACAUCAGCGCCAUGAACGACAACAUCAAGCGGCUCUUCCGCGAACGCAUGGCGGAAGCCGAAUCGACAGGCGAGGUGUCCAAAGCCGGCCCAUGGGAUUUCCGAUACAUCCGAAGUCUCAAGAGCCUAGAACGCUUCGACGAUAUUGGGAGCUGCGUGAUGUUGGCAAGCCCUGGUAUGAUGCAGAGUGGGGUGUCGCGAGAAUUGCUGGAGCGGUGGGCCCCGGAUCAGAGGAAUGGGGUGGUCAUUACCGGCUACAGUGUUGAAGGGACCAUGGCAAAGAUCAUCAUGACCGAACCGGAGUUCAUUCCCGCGAUUAUGACGAGAGGCGCAGCGACGGCGAGCAGAGGAAAGGUGCCUGGACAGCAUGAUCAGGUCCAGAUUCCACGGCGCUGUACCGUCAACGAAUUUGCGUUCGCGGCCCACGUUGAUGGCGCCGAGAACCGCGAGUUCGUAGAGGAGGUCAACCCGUCUGUCGUCAUCCUGGUCCACGGCGAAAAAUCCCAAAUGACACGCUUCAAAUCCAAGCUCCUCGGCCUCAACUCCAAGCGCAAGAACCCCAUCAAAGUCUUCUCCCCACCCAACUGCGAGGCCCUCCGCAUCCCCUUCAAAACCGAGAAGCUCGCCAAAGUCGUCGGCAAGCUCGCGCAGAUCACCGCGCCGCAACCCAUCACUGUCCGACCGCAAGACGUCUCCGGGGACGAAGAAAUGAAAGACGUCGCGCCGGAGGAGCAAACGCAGCCGCAGUUGAUCACAGGGGUGUUGGUCCAGAGUGACUUCAAAAUGAGCUUGAUGGCUCCGGAGGACCUCCGCGAAUACGCCGGUCUCACGACGACGCAGAUCACCUGCCGCCAGCAGAUGGCACUGCCGACAGCGGGCGUGGAGCUGAUUCGUUGGGCGCUGGAGGGGACGUUUGGUGGGAUCAAGAUCGUUACGCCGGACUUUGCGGCGGAGAAGAAGAAGGAGCAGGAUGCUCAUGGGAAUGGGGCGAUGGAGGUCGCGGAUGAGGAGGUCGGGCGCACGACGGUGUUUGAAGUGAUGGAUUGCGUGCGGGUGGAGUGUGGUGGGCCGCAAGGGAAGGUGGUUGUGGAGUGGGAGGGGAAUAUGGUCAAUGAUGGGAUCGCGGAUGCAGUUGUGGGGGUGUUGUUGACGGUGGAGAGUAGCCCAGCCGCGGUGAAGCGUAAGUUUCUCUUGCACGAACAAUCCCAUCGUCCACCAUUCUAGGCUAGUUUUGUCGUGGCUUUUCUAGGUUUCAAGCAUCCGAAUCUACGCUAACAUAUCUACAGACUCCUCUCAGGCCCAUUCCCAUUCCCACGCGCCGACCUCGACAUCCCAACCAUCUACACCGACCUCCUCCUCCACCCGCCUC